GCGAGGAACGCGACGUGCCGGCCGGAUUGGAAGCUGCUGCUGGCUCACCGGGGCUCAGCCUGGGCUCCGCUGGCCGGCAUACAGCCACAGUCUCUGGCUCUCCGGGAGGGUGUGUGUGUGUGUGUGUGUUUUGAUGCCCGGCCUCUUCUCCCCCCACCCCCCCACCCCCCAGUGAGAAACCGCUGCAGCAAUCAGCAGCUCGCAGGCCCGGAGAUUCCGUUCCAGAGGGCGGUGCGGUACAGCAGAAGGUGGCAGUAUUAUUCUGAGCCCUGAGAGCUCUCCCCACACACACACACACACACUCUCUCUCACACACAGUGCUAACAGGAAGUGUGUGCCGGAACACUAUUACAACUUGUUGGCUUUCACCUGCAAUUGGGAAAGAGGGACCCUUUCAUCUGAGGCCAGGACAUGGGAAACCUGGCCGAGGGGUAAGUCCUCGGGCUGGCUGCUCCCCUGUAAUGUUUCAGUAGCUGGAGAGUGAGGAGCCGGCCCUCCUCCAGUCACCAUGCUGCCCGGCGUCGGUGUGUUUGGCACCAGUUUGACGACCAGGGUGAUCGUCCCUCUGCUCCAGAGCCAAGGCUUCCCGGUGAAAGCUCUGUGGGGGAGGACGCCAGAAGAAGCGGAGGAACUGGCGAAGGAGAUGGACGUCCCUUUCUACACCAACAGGAUCGACGAUGUCUUGCUGCACCAGGAUGUGGAUCUGGUCUGCAUUAACCUGCCGCCUCCGCUCACUCGCCAGAUCGCUGUCAAGACACUGGGAAUUGGGAAGAAUGUCAUCUGUGAUAGAGCUGCGACUCCUCUGGAUGCAUUUAGGAUGAUGUCAGCGGCACAUUAUUAUCCCAAACUCAUGAGUAUAAUGGGUAAUGUUCUUCGUUUCCUCCCUGCUUUUGUUAAGAUGAAACAAAUGAUUCAAGAGGGCUAUGUGGGAGACCUUUUGAUCUGUGAAGUUCAGGUUCAUAGUGGAAGUCUUCUGGGUAAGAAAUACAACUGGAGCUGUGAUGAUCUGAUGGGGGGUGGAGGGCUACAUUCAGUGGGAAGCUACAUUAUUGACCUUCUGACUUUUCUGACAAGCCAAAAGGCUGCCAAAGUCCAUGGCUUCCUGAAAACGUUUGUGAAGCAGACAGAGCAUAUCAGAGGAAUUCGUCAAAUCACUAGUGAUGACUUUUGCACCUUCCAAAUGGUAUUAGACGGUGGUGUGUGCUGUACUGUAACUUUGAAUUUCAAUGUCCCUGGAGAUUUUAAACAAGAAAUCAUUGUGGUGGGGUCAACUGGCCGAUUAAUGGUUAAUGGCAGUGAUUUGUAUGGACAAAGAAAUACUGCAUCUCAAAAGGAAUUGAUUUUAGAAGACUCAACUCCUGUAAGUAAUGCACUGCUUCCGGAGAAAGCUUUUAGGGAUAUCCCAUCCCCAUUCCUCAGAGGUACUAUCAUGAUGGUUCAAGCCAUUCGACAAGCAUUCCAAGACCAAGAAGACCGGCGGACUUGGGAUGGAAGACCAUUAACAAUGGCAGCAACAUUUGAGGAUUGUUUGUACGCACUGUGUGUGGUGGACAGCAUUAAAAAAUCAAAUGAGACCGGUGAAUGGCAGAACAUUGUAAUUAUGACAGAGGAGCCUGAGAUUAGUCCUGCAUAUUUGAUCAGUGAGGCCAUGCGUCGCAGCAGAAUGUCACUAUUAUACUAACUUUUUUUUAAACAAUUCUUAUAACAAGUAGAUUCAGUAUGUGAAAGAAACUUAUAUAUAUUUGGAUGCACAGAUAUGUUAGUGUUAUACCUCUGUGACUUCCUGGUUUAAAUAAAUAUUGACAUAUCUGCAGGAUUUAUUUGUAAGUAAGAUUAAAAUUAUUCCAAGUAAGUCUAAAAUUUUGUGUCCGGUAACAAAAAUGUCAUUAAAGCAAAAAUAUAUUAAUAACUACUGAGAACUACCCCUGUUGGAGGUCAUUGUUAAGCUUUGAAAAGGCAAUAGCUUUCAUUACCAUUUGAUUACUUGUAAUUCAAGCAACUUGUAUUGGAGAUAACUUUGUUUGGAAAUAUUGCAAUUUUGCACUCCAGGCACAGAAUUUUAAAGAAAUAUAGCAGGUAUGUAGAGCUUAGUUUUAGUUGACUGAAAAUCAAGUCAGCUACAAAGUCAUAAGUACAAACUUCUAUUUAUUAUUUACUUCUGUGUGCUUCCAUUACACAAAGCUCUAAAUAUGAGAAGAUGCACCAGAAAUGCCCUAAAUCAUCAUAUUUACAACUGAAAAAUAGAUCGUGUUUAAAUCUUAACUUUUUGCACCAAUCAGCUUCAAGUCUAAUUAAACAGUUCACUAUGUAAUGCUUUUGUAAUAUUAAUUGCUUUCACAGUGGAGUGAUGGAAAAGAUUCCUUCAACAGGGAACAUGUAGAUUCCUGGUGCUUGGCUGAGGAACAUUAUUGGUCAACAGUUGCAAGUAGGUUUCCAAGUUACAUUUUUAAAAGGUGCAUAGCAAGAGGAAACCCAAAGAAGGUGAGGAUAAAUUGGGAAGUUAAAAAAUGAAAACUGCAUUUUGAAAAAGUAUUUUUUUUUAUGAUCCUGUACAGUAGUGUGUUGAUGUUACUGAACUAGUAAUCCAAAGGCCUGGACUUUGAUAAUUCAGAAAAUGUAAUCUCAAAUCCCACUAAGGCAGCUUGAGAAUUCAGUUUGAUACAAAGUCAAGAAAUGUUUUUAAAAACGCAAUCCAGAAGUUGAUUUGAUUGUCAAGAAUCCACCUGGUCCACUGAUAUCAUAUACUGAAAGGACUCCAGUAAACAUGUGAUUCUGGACCCAUAUCAAUGUGAUUAACUCUCAACUGGCCUCUAAAGUAACCUAGAAUGGUAUGCAGUUGAGCUGCCAGAGGUUUAAGAAGAAAGUUCAGCACCUUCUCAGGGCAAACAAGGGUCAACAAUAAAUGCUAGCCUUAUCCACGUCCCAAUAAUAAAUAAAAAGGACAUGAAUGGUGGUGCUGUUUUCCCUAACAUAUGCUGCUUAAUUUAUUAAGCUGCAACACCAAUAUUAAGCAAGGCUGGGCUAUGUAAACAAAACUCACAAGGAGGCAAAUGUCACCGGUGCAUAAUUUGUGCUGUAGAUUUGCCAAAAUAUGAAAGUUCCAUCCUCCAUUGAUUGACAUUGCAUCUAAGCUUCUCCAGGUGACAAAUUGUCAGUCUCAAUUGGGCAAUUAAACAAACCAGCGAGCAUCAACAAAGUUUUGAGGCAAAAAGAAUCAGUAAGCAUGGAUUUCACUCAGUUGAUACUCAUCACUUUUUGUACAUGCAACAGUGGUUUUGUUUGUUGGUUUAUUCUUUUGUGGAAUGUCAGUUUGUUACCAGUCCCUAAUUGAUCUUGAGUAGGUGAUGCUGACUAAGUUUUGUAAAUAGGAACAUAGGAGUAGAUGAAGGCCAUUGGGCACCUUGAGCCAUUCAGCUAGGUCACGGCUAAUCUUCUACCUCAACACCAUUUUUUCGCACAAUCUCCAUAUCCGUUGAUAUCUUUAAUAUAUGAAUAUCUUAUUGAUCUCUGUCGUGAACAUACUCAAUGACUGAACCUUCACAACAUUUUGGGGUAGAAAAUUCCAAAGAUUCACCUCCUUGGUGAGAAAUUUCUUCUCAUCUCAGUGCUAAAUGACCUACUCCUUGUUCUGAGACUAACUUACUGGUGUUAGACUCUCUACCUAGGGGAAACAUCUUCUCAUAUCUACCUUGCUGACCCCUCUGAGAAUUUUGUAUGUUUCAAUAAGAUUACCUCUCAUUCUUUUAAGCUCUAGAGAAUAUAGGCACAGUUUCAUUGAUUUCUUCUCCCCAGGAAUGAGUCUUCAUUGUACUCCCUCCAUGAGAAAUGUGUACUUCCUUCAGGAAGGAAAUCAAAUUGUACACAAUCUCGAUGUUAGUUUUCAUGAAGUACACCCAUGUCCUUUUGCACAUUAACACUUCCUAAUCUCUCACCAUUUAAGACAUAUUUCAAAUUUUUUGUCCUACCGAAGUGGCUAACUUCACAUUUCUCCAAUAUAUUCCAUUUGCCAACUCACUUAGCCUGUCUAAAUCCCCUUAAGCCUCUGCAUCCUUCUUGCAACUGCAAUUCCUCCCUUGUUGCAUGUCACCUGGAAACUUAGACCUAUUACAUUUCACUGACAACUCACUUGAUUAAACCCUUUGCCAAAGUACAAGGUAUAUCAAAAGCGGAUAAAAUUAUUCUCAAAGUUGAAAUCUGUAAAUAAAUUAAUAUUGUGGAAUUGAAGAAAAUAGGACUUUUAACACCUCGUCCUUGCAAUUAUUAGAAUUGUAGUGCUAUCUUAUGAAGAAUGCUAAGUAGUUAUAAUAGUUUUCAUGACAGAAGAUGAUUCCUUCCUUUCAAAGAAGUUUCAAACUCUAGUUUUGGAAAUUUAAAGAAAAUGAUACUUGGAACACAAACAGUACAAUGUAAUUUGAGUUUACAAGAUGGAACUACUAUUGUGCUGGAAUAGGUUCAAUGCAUUCUCUCCCUUCACAUGACAUUGUGAAUGUGAACUGUGGUCGUGUUCUACCAAGAUACUGUGAAGAAAUCAGGUUCCUUCAAUCACCAUACCCAUCCCCUACCAGAUUAGAUUAGAUUAGAUUACAUUACAGUGUAGAAACAGGCCCUUC